AUGUCUACCAAGCUCACGGUUAUUGAGGAGAAGCCUGAAACUUCUAAUAAGAAAAUGACAUCUGCACAAAGAGAGAGGAAACCCAUCUACUGGACUUCUAGUCAUCAUAUCAAGGACUGCCAGAUUUUAAGGAAAACCAAUUGCACCAAAGGACCAAGAAGAUCCAACAGAAAAACUGGCCCCAGCCCUCAUGGUGAAAGAACUGCCUUGCCCUGCUCCAGAUUCACUGCUCACAUGAAGAAUUUCUCUGAAUCUGUUAAACUUAGCAGUCUACAUUUUCUGCAUUUUCCAGUAUUUCCAGAAAGGAUUCAGACUCCAUUGGCAUAUAGAAGACUGCUCUGUGCUCUCCAGUACAGUAUCUCCAGGCCUCCUGCUGUAAGUAUAGCUUCUUUUGACAAUGAAAGCCACGGAGAAGCAAGUCCCUCUCCAACACCGUCCAGUGAAUGGGAAGAGACCCCACUGAUCUUCACGGUCAGACAAGAAAUGAAUAUGGGAGCCAGAGGAGCACCCAGGCAGGCCUGGGGCAGUUCAUUUCUGGAACAGUGAAUGACAAAAACGCCUAUUCAGGUCCACUCAGUAAAUCCUAUGCACGUGGAGGCCACAGGCACACAUAUCAACAGGCACGUGAGAUUUCAGAACCAGCCCCCUUAUAAUUUCAAGGGAGAUUCUGUCCCAUCUGGUCUCACUCUGAGGCCAUACACUGCCGUCGGCCUCAACGGGAGAAGCCAGACCCCCUUUGCCGUCCAGGGUCUCGGGCGUUUGUCAGAGCUUGAGCCGGAAGAGAGGGUGACACCCACAGUAGGCGCGCCGGCAAACCCAGACUCCCAAAGCUGGCUCCUGGGCGCGCCCGGGAAUUCAGUGGGCAGGGGCACAGUUGCCAUGGCACCAGAGAUGCUCCCGAGGCAUCUUCAUCCCCCCGGGAAAAGGGGGCCCGGGGCAGACGCCUCUCUCCCCGGCAGUCUGGCAGGAGCGCCCCUUCCUGGGCUUAGCGGUGCUCCCACCCAUCUCCCCUCCAAGAGGUUAAUCAAGGUUUGCUCCUCUCCCCCCUCCCGCCUACCCCCGCGUUUCCAUACGGUUUGUUCACAGGCCCCUCCUAGGCCGGGGGUGAAUGCUCACUUACACUGACCACUGCGAGGGAAUUGUUCCGUGAGCGCUGCCCAUCUUCAAAUCAAUGCCUGCCCUGAACAACAGAAAGGGCCUCAGAUGUACUGGUUUCCACAGAACCAUUGUUAGGCUUCACAGAAGCAGUUUUGAACCUAAUAAAUAAUGUCAGAAGUCUCUAUCGCAGCCAAAAGUGUUCCUUUUGAAGGAUUUCUAAUAGUA